CGACAGUGAAUAUAAGGGGAAUUACCGGCAAGGGAGCUGUAGCCGUCUCACCACUGGACCCAUUCCUUUCCCAAGACCAGAAAAGUGUUCCAUUAGCAGAUAAGAAUUCAAGCUUUGACAUUGUAAACCACAGACGAACUGGAGCCUGGCAUUGAAAGGAGGUGUUCAACAGCGGUUUUUUUCUUCUCUCUCUCCCUUGUUUGAAGAAGUUGACUGCUACAGGAGGGGAUCUGAAAAAUGACCGGAGCAAAGAGGAAAAAGAAAAGCGCGCUGUGGGGCAAGGUGCACGCCCCCCACUGCGAAGACGUUAAGCAGUGGUGGAGAAGGCGCCUACCUAUUUUGGAAUGGGCACCACAGUACAACCUGAAGGAAAACCUGCUCCCGGACACUGUGUCUGGGCUCAUGCUGGCAGUUCAGCAGGUGACACAGGGGCUCUCCUUCGCUAUUCUCUCAUCUGUGCACCCUGUGUUUGGUUUAUAUGGAUCUCUGUUUCCAGCCAUCAUUUAUGCCAUAUUUGGAAUGGGACGCCAUGUUGCUACAGGUACCUUUGCCUUGACAUCCUUGAUAUCAGCCAAUGCUGUGGAAAGGCUGGUUCCCCAGAGCAGCCGGAAUCUUACCACACAGAGCAACUCCAGCGUGCUGGGCUUAUCCGACUUUGAGCUGCAGAGAAUCGGGGUGGCAGCGGCAGUUUCCUUCCUGGGAGGCGUGAUUCAGAUGGCUAUGUUUGUGCUGCAUCUGGGCAGUGCCACAUUCCUGGUUACAGAGCCUGUGAUCAGCGCAAUGACCACGGGGGCCGCCACGCAUGUUGUCACUUCACAAGUCAAGUAUCUCUUGGGAAUUAAAAUGCCAUACAUAUCGGGACCACUGGGAUUCUUUUAUAUUUACGCCUAUGUUUUCGAGCACAUCAAGUCUGUUCAGCUGGAGGCGCUGCUCUUAUCCUUGCUGAGCAUUGUUGUCCUUGUUCUCGUUAAAGAGCUGAAUGAACAGUUUAAGAGAAAAAUUAAAGUUGUUCUUCCCAUUGACUUAGUUUUGAUCAUUGCUGCCUCCUUUGCUUGCUAUUGUACCAACAUGGAAAACACAUAUGGAUUAGAAGUUGUUGGACACAUUCCAAAGGGGAUUCCUCCGCCCCGUGCUCCACCGAUGAACAUCCUCAGUGCAGUGCUCACUGAAGCUUUCGGAGUUGCGCUUGUAGGCUACGUGGCCUCGCUGGCUCUUGCUCAAGGGUCUGCCAAGAAGUUCAAAUAUUCAGUGGAUGACAACCAGGAAUUUCUGGCCCAUGGCCUCAGCAAUGUGAUCCCUUCAUUUUUCUUCUGUAUCCCAAGUGCUGCUGCCAUGGGAAGGACAGCUGGACUCUAUAGCACAGGAGCAAAGACACAGGUGGCUUGUCUAAUAUCUUGCGUUUUCGUCCUUAUAGUCAUCUAUGCAGUAGGACCUUUGCUGUACUGGCUGCCCAUGUGCGUUCUUGCAAGCAUUAUUGUCGUGGGACUCAAGGGAAUGCUAAUACAGUUCAGGGAUUUAAAAAAAUACUGGAAUGUGGAUAAAAUCGAUUGGGGCAUAUGGAUCAGUACUUACAUAUUUACAAUAUGCUUUGCUGCCAAUGUGGGUUUGUUGUUCGGUGUUGUCUGCACCAUAGCCAUCGUGAUAGGACGCUUCCCAAGGGCAAAGACUUUAAGCAUAACAAGCAUGAAAGAAAUGGAAGUUAAGGUGAAGACAGAAACGCACGAUAACACAGAGAACUGGCCUCCUUCCAAGAGGACCAAUGUCAAGGUCUUUCCAGGUAGCUUGACGACAGGAAGUAACGUCAGGAGUCUUUCUGUGACACCCAGAAGAAUGGAAACCUUGCAACAGGUAAAAAUCAUCUCAAUAAACAACCCACUUGUUUUCCUGAAUGCAAAGAAAUUUAAUACUGAUCUAAUGAAAAUCAUCCUAAAGGAAGAUGAGAGCAGUCAACCACUUGAUGAUGUCAGCAAGUGUGAACAGAACACCUUGCUCACUCCCCUCUCCAACGGCAACUGCAAUGAGGAAGCUUCCCAGCCCUGCUCCGGUGAGAAGUGUUCUUUGGUCCUAGAUUGCAACGGCUUGACCUUUUUCGACUACACGGGAGUCUCUACGCUUGUUGAGCUUUACCUGGAUUGCAAGAGCAGGGAUGUCGAUGUGUUCUUAGCCAAUUGCACAGCAUCCUUAAUGAAAGCGAUGACAUACUGUGGAAACCUAGACACCGAGAGGCCGAUUUUUUUUGACUCAGUACCUGCUGCGAUAAGUAUCAUCCAGGCAACUAAGAAUCUGAGCAAGGCCAGCGAUCACAGCGAAGUCUAAGGCCCACUCAAUGCACAUCUCAUCUUCAUCAACUGCCCUGAAGAGGCCAGAUAUUGUCAUUUUGCACAAAUAUUGGUGUAUGGAUGUUGUAUAUGACCUCUAUUCCAAUGAGAAUAAUAAGAGUUAGCAACUGCAUCGCCAGUGAUCAAGGCUUGCUGGCCCCUUAUUUUUCUAAUCUUUCUUAAUAAACAGAUUCAUUUAGUUAUUUUAUAUAGGAAUCAAUAUGCAUGCAGCUUUAGUUUACUAAAUAGUAAAGAUGCAUUUAUUUCCUUUUAUGAGAGUAUUUUGUAUGGUCUGACUUCUAUUUUGUUGUAAGCUAACAAAUGGAGGAACACUUUGAUCAGAAGUGGUUUUGACUAUUUAUAAGCCAUUUGUAAAAAGGAAUAAGAUCAUGUAACUAAUACAUAAAAAGAAGUUAGCAAA